AAAAUCUUGAAUUUAAAUUCGCACUCGGGCUUCAGUCAGUUCGACUUCUGGCUUUCUCUCUCUCACUCCCUGAAUUCCUAUCAAAAAAAAGUCGGGGAUCGUGAUGAUCGGUUCGCGCUUUUGGUGUCUCUGUGGGUAAAAUUGUGUAAUAACAAUUAUUUAACUUUAUUCAAUUUAAAAGAUUUGUAUUUCAACAUUUGUUAAAAAUAUGGCAAAUUAUACAUCAAUCUCCACUUUGGACAGAUUUUGUGGCUCCGAAUUUUGGAAUUCAUCCUUAACCUGGAACAAUACCGACCCAACAUUCACACCAUGCUUCGAAAAAACAGUUCUUGUAUGGAUUCCGUGCCUCUUUCUAUGGCUAUUCUCAAGUCUCGAAAUAUAUUACAUCGCAAACAGCAAAAACAAGAAUAUUCCAAUGAAUUGGCUUAAUAGUUUAAAGUUAGCUGUCACUGGAGCCCUAUGUGUUUUAAUGCUUAGUGAUUUUAUCACAAGUUUACAAAGUUCAAAUUCAGAUAGUGAUGUUUCUACAGUGGAUAUCUACACUCCGUUGUUGAAGUUAGUCACGUUUAUUUUGUCAGCUAUAUUCAUCUACUACAACAAGAAACAUGGGCUGCAAACGUCAGGCCUACUGUUUAUUUUUUGGUUCUUGGCAUCACUGUUUGGAGCACCCCAAUUCCGCACAGAGAUUCGAAAAGCACAAGUUACUGAAGACACCUAUUCUUACUACCAAUAUAUUAGUUAUCUAAUAUAUUAUCCUUUGGUCAUUUUGAUGUUUUUGCUAAAUUGCUUUGUCGACCAACCGCCCAGAUAUACCAAAUAUCCCAAAACGAAGCAUCCAUGUCCAGAACAGCAGUCCAGCUUCCUCUCACGUUUACUGUUCGCAUGGUUCGAUCGUAUGACGUGGAAAGGAUUCAGAAAACCCUUGGAAGAAGACGAUCUGUGGGAUUUAAAUCCUGAUGAUUCCGCUGCGGAAAUCGUGCCGAUAUUUGAAAGACAUUGGAGGCGAACUAUUAGUAAAUGCGAAAGAAUACCUGUGCAUGCUAGAGCCCAAUUCAAAGGCGACACAGGACAAAUUGACUUCGUUCAAAGUAAGAAAAAAGAAGCCUCGGUGAUGCCAGCAUUAAUCAAAUCUUUCGGCGGUAUGUUUCUAUUUGGAUCCAGUUUAAAAUUGUUUCAAGAUAUGCUUACGUUUAUCAGUCCACAGAUAUUAGGCUUAAUCAUUACCUACCUGAGAGAUAGAGAGGGGAAUAUUUACACAUGGCGUGGUCCCUUUUACGCUGUAUUAAUGUUUGCUGUCGCUACUAUUCAAACUCUAUUUUUAGCCCAAUAUUUUCAUAGAAUGUUUAUUGUUGGUAUGAGAAUUAGGACAGCGCUAGUGUCGACAAUUUAUAGAAAAUCCCUAAAGAUCUCGAAUAAAGCUCGAAAGGAAAGAACUGCAGGAGAAAUUGUGAAUCUCAUGGCAGUGGACGCCCAAAAAUUCAUGGACAUAACUGCUUACAUCAAUAUGAUUUGGUCAGCUCCGCUUCAGAUCUGUUUAGCUAUGUACUUCUUAUGGCAAGAACUUGGUCCCUCAGUACUUGCAGGUUUAGCUGUGAUGAUAAUUUUAAUCCCAAUAAAUGGUUUUAUUGCAAAUAAGUCGAAAACGUUACAAAUUAAGCAGAUGAAAAACAAAGAUGAAAGAGUCAAGCUUAUGAACGAGCUUCUUGGAGGGAUCAAGGUAUUGAAACUCUAUGCAUGGGAGCCCAGUUUCGAAGCGCAAGUUUUGAAGAUAAGGGAUAAAGAAAUAAAAGUUUUGAAAGAAGCUGCAUAUUUAAACGCAGGUACUUCGUUUAUUUGGUCCUGCGCACCGUUUUUGGUAGUUUUAUCAACGUUUACGUCGUUCGUUUUAAGCAGCAAGGAAAACAUCCUAACACCAGAAAUAGCUUUCAAAUCUCUAAGUCUUUUUGCCCUCAUGAGUAUGCCAAUGGGCCUACUACCUCUGCUAUUGGUGUAUGUCAUCGAGACUUAUGUGUCUGUUAAGAGAAUAAACACAUUUAUGAAUGCUGAAGAACUAGACCCUGAUAACGUAUCUCACGAUAAGUCAGAGGAGGAUCCACUUGUCAUAGAAAAUGGCUGUUUUUCAUGGGGUGAAGACCCAAUUUUAAAAAAUAUCAAUAUACGAAUUCCCCAUAAGACUUUGACAGCGAUUGUGGGUCCUGUAGGAACAGGUAAAAGUAGUUUGAUAUCUGCAUUUUUGGGUGAGAUGGAUAAGAUUUCUGGACGGGUUAACACUUAUGGUUCUGUCGCAUAUGUUUCACAACAAGCAUGGAUACAAAACGCCACUUUAAAAGAUAACAUUACGUUUGGAAAGCCUUAUGAUAAAUUUAUAUAUAAUAAAGUAAUAGACGCGUGCGCACUUAAACCUGAUUUUGACAUGCUUCCCGCCGGAGAUCAGACGGAAAUUGGCGAAAAGGGUAUCAACUUGUCUGGUGGUCAAAAACAAAGAGUCAGUUUGGCUAGGGCAGCAUAUGCAGAUGCUGAAGUUUAUUUCUUGGAUGAUCCUCUUAGUGCUGUAGAUGCUAAUGUUGGCAAACAUAUUUUUGAUAAACUAUUAGGGCCACAAGGGUUACUUAAAAAUAAAACAAGAAUCCUGGUAACGCAUGGUAUUACAUACUUACCUCAAACCGACAAAAUAUUCGUGGUUAAUAACGGUGAAAUUUCGGAGAAUGGCACUUACCAAGAAUUACUAAAUAAGAAAGGUGCCUUUGCAGAAUUUUUGAUGCAACAUACACAAGAAGAACAUAGCGAAGAUGAAGAAGAAUCCGAUAAGCUUGGUCCGACAAUCAGUGAAGAUUUACCAAGGAAUGAACUAAGGAAACGAUCAAGAUCAGAUUCUGGGUCUUCAGCUUUAAACGGAUCUUUGCAACGGCAAAAGUCAGUUGAUAGCGCAAAAAGUCACCGAAAAGAAUCAAAAGAAAAGAACGGCCCCUUGGAAGGAGAAAAACUAAUUGAAGCGGAAAAAUCUGAAACUGGAAGCGUAAGCUGGAAGGUUUACCAACACUACCUAAAAUCUAUUGGAACAUUUACAGUUAUUGCUACUGUAGUACUUAAUAUGCUAUUUCAAGUAUUUAGCAUAGGAUCGAAUGUUUGGUUAGGUUACUGGUCUGAACCUCAAAAUGCAGCAAUAAACGACACAAAUAUUACAGUACAAAUUUCAAGAGAUGUUGGUUUAGGAGUUUAUGGUGCUUUGGGUAUUGGCCAAGUUAUCGUAAUUUUCCUGGCAUCUCUCGCCUUAUACGUCGGAACGUUGAACGCAUCCAAGAAAUUGCAUUUAUUAUUGCUAUCUAAUGUAAUGCGAGCACCAUGUACAACAUUCUUCGACGUCACUCCGGUAGGACGAAUCCUUAAUAGAUUCUCUAAAGAUGUUGAUACAUUGGAUACUGUAUUGCCUAUGACGUUGAGAGGAUGGAUUUCUUGUUUGUUUGGGGUUAUCGGUACAUUGGUUGUGACCUGCGUGGCGACAAGUUUGUUUAUCUUAGUUGCAAUCCCUAUAGCAAUCCUGUACUAUUUCAUUCAGAGAUUUUACGUUGCUACAUCACGUCAAUUAAAACGUCUCGAAUCAGUGUCACGCUCGCCAAUUUAUUCGCAUUUUGGUGAGACGAUCAGUGGAGUCCAUUGCAUUAGAGCCUACGGCCAACAAGACAGAUUUAUUAGGGAAUCUGAAUUAAAAGUUGAUCGCAAUCAAAUUUGCUAUUAUCCCAGCAUUGUUUCAAAUAGAUGGCUGGCUGUCCGUUUGGAAAUGAUUGGAAAUUGUAUUAUUUUAUUUGCAGCGCUAUUUGCGGUUUUAGGAGAGAGUAAAAGCCCUGCCUUAAUUGGGUUGUCUCUUACUUACUGUUUACAGAUAACCCAAACUUUAAAUUGGGUAGUCAGAAUGACAUCAGACGUUGAAACUAAUAUUGUAGCUGUGGAACGUAUAAAAGAGUACGCUGAAAUCCCGCAAGAAGCUGCAUGGGAACUUACUAAUCAAAAUGUAUCUAAAGUAUGGCCCGAGAGAGGAGAAGUUGCCUUCAAGGACUAUUCUGUAAGAUAUCGUCCGGGACUAGAAUUGGUGCUGAAACGACUUAGCUUCUCUGUAAAAGGAGGGGAAAAGGUUGGCAUAGCCGGCAGGACUGGAGCUGGAAAAUCAAGCUUGACGUUGUCUUUAUUCAGAAUUAUCGAAGCUGCUGAGGGUCAAAUCAAUAUCGACGGCGUCGAUGUAGCCAGUCUAGGAUUACACACUUUACGAUCACGCCUCACCAUUAUUCCUCAAGACGCAGUCUUAUUCUCAGGUUCUCUCAGAAUGAAUCUGGAUCCUUUCUCUAAACAUACCGACGAAGAAAUCUGGAAAUCUCUAGAGUUGGCGCAUUUAAAGCAGUUUGUUAAAGGUUUAAGCAGCAACCUAAACUAUGAAAUAAACGAGGGCGGUCAGAACUUAUCGGUGGGCCAACGCCAACUGGUCUGUUUAGCCAGAGCCCUUUUACGAAAAACAAAAGUCCUAAUCCUGGAUGAAGCUACCGCCGCCGUCGAUCUGGAAACCGACGACUUAAUCCAGCAAACGAUCAGAACCGAAUUCAAAGAUUGCACAGUAUUAACGAUCGCGCAUCGUUUGAAUACAAUUAUGGAUUCGGAUAGGGUUAUUGUACUAGAUAAGGGCCAGAUAGCGGAGUUUGAUACUCCUUCGAAUUUACUUACAAGGCCUGACAGCUUAUUUUAUGGAAUGUGUAAAGAUGCAGGGUUAGCAUAGGGUUCAAGUAUUUUUGUACGUAUUUGUUUCUAUAUAUCACAUUUACUUUAUCGGGUGAGCUGUGUAUUAAACUGUAAAAUGUUUAAUCCUAGAACAUCAUAUGUUAAUAUCUUGUCGUUUACGUACUAUUUAAGUUUCAAAAUUAAAAUAUAUCUUGCCAAAAAACCUGCUUUAAUAGUGUAAAGUUUGGGAUUUUUAUUAUUUAACACUAUUUUAAACUCGUAACAGUACUAUCUCAAAAGUAAAUUAUUUGUCUCGUAAUUUUUUUUCUCAAUGUUCUUAGGGCAAGUGUGCCUUUUCUCUUAAUUUACAGAUUAAAAAAAAAAUCAAAAUUUUUUUUAUCUAAAAUAAUUCAUAUAAAAAUAAUGUCAAAUAAUGAAUUUUUGGUAGUUUGAUAUUUCCAAUUCUAUUGUACCAAUUGAGGGCUUUUUUAAGGCAAUUUGAGAUUAUUUACUUGCAUUAUUAGUGGUCCCAUUAGCUUUAAUUUCUUUGUCCCUUGGUAAUUAUAAUAAUGUUUAACCUUUCGUUGGGCGCAAUACUGUUGAAGCCUUGGAAAAAAUUCAUUUAUUUAUAACGUUAAUGUUUCUUAAACGUUUUAGAUACACCUACUAUAAAAUUUUCUACGCAUUCCGAAGAAUCCAUAGUCAAAAAUAUAGGCUCCCAAGAAAAAAUUCGAAGUUGACGUUAAA